AUUCCUUCGUGUUGACGAGCAUGUUUCGGACUUCCUGCAACAGUUUGCAAAUAUUAUUCAGAAUUCAGACUGAUUGUUGGAAUAACGUGCAUAGAUUUACCCAAACCUGGAUUCACAUUUUGCUUGUUGAAAUGAGAAAGGUUCACGAUGCGAAGUGUAAAGUUACAACGACAAACACAGCGUUCAACGGGAUGCAUUCAGAGCUGUACUGCGAUAUCGACAUAAAACCAGACACACUAUCGACCACAAAGCGCGUUAGCGGAGUUGAGUUUAAAUAGCAGACAGUGCCAUUAUCCUGGACACUCAGUCACAGUUCACAAAAUGGGCAAUGCUAAAAGUGGAGCGCUUUCCAAAGAGCUUCUGGAGGAGCUGAAGAUGAACACCAAGUACAGCGAGGAGCAGCUUUACGCCUGGUACCAGAAGUUCCUGAAUGAGUGUCCGACGGGCCGCAUCAGCCGGGAGCAGUUUGAGAGCAUCUAUGCCAGCUUCUUCCCCGACGCCGAUCCCAAAGCUUACGCUCAGCACGUCUUCAGGAGUUUCGACGCCAACAGCGACGGGACGCUGGACUUUAAAGAGUACAUCGUGGCUCUGCAUCUGACAUCCUCAGGGAAGACCGUCGAGAAGCUGGAGUGGGCCUUCGCUCUGUACGAUGUAGACAGGAACGGCACCAUCACCAAAAAUGAGAUUCAUGAAAUAGUGAAGUCGAUAUUUAACAUGAUCUCCAAAGAAGACCAGAAAAACCUUCCGGAUGAUGAGAAUACUCCUGAAAAACGAACAGAUAAAAUUUGGGACUUCUUUGGGAAAAAAGAAAACGGUAAAAUAACAGAGGGUGAGUUCAUUCAAGGAGUUAUGGACAAUAAGAACAUCCUCCGUCUGAUUCAGUUUGACGAACCACAAAAGGUCCAAGAGAGGCUCAAAGAGAAGAAGCAAUAAUGUGUUUUUUGGGUUUUUUUUAAUUGCUGCUGGUUUGCCUUUUAGUGCGAUUUGAUUCUUUUGUUUCAUGGGUACUGUAAUACUUUUGAUUUCUGCUGUUAAGUGUGGAAUGACAUUUCAAUACAAUAUGUGCCAUGAAGUAUACAUGUAAUAAUGCUGCAGUAGAAAACAUGAAAUGAAAUGGACGGUUAAAAAUGGAAAAGCUGGAUAUCUAGACACUGAGUUACAGUGAAAUACACAGAUACAAGCAGCCCAUGGGCAAGAAAGGGUCAAAUAUGUGGUCAUAUUCACAAUCAUCACCAAUCAUGCGCUGUGAAACCACAUGUGAAUUAUGUAAAUAAUCCACAACUUUGCUUUACACUCAUUUGCUCAUGAAUAAAACGCUAUAUGUAACAGUCAUGCAAACGGUUUCAUUUUAGUAUUCUACUAGUACUACUUAUGAUUUACAUUGAGUAGCAUUCUAUUAUUACUAGUAUACAUGCAUAAAAAUUAUGACACUAAGGGUUUUUCCAGAUAUGGGAUUUUCCAAGAGGCCGUUUGACCAAAUAAACAUACAAUGAGGGAGAAAUUUGUUGUUAAUUGUUUGUUUUGUUAAUUUAAUUGCACUGCCUUUGCAAUGUAAAAAAAAAUAUAUUUUUUAAACUGGUGCAUUUUGACAAAAAAUGCAUGAAAAAAAAAAAAUACAAAGCUAAAUGCAUAUAUUAAUUUGCAUUUAAAUUUGACCCCACAUUUGACCACAGCAAUUUCAAAUAAACAACAAAAGAAAUUUGUUGAGAAUUUCAAAGCUUAGAUUGUGGAGCUCCAUCCAAACACCUUGCAUUAUAUACACAUACAAAAAUCAGGUAUCAAAAACAUCAUGGAAGCCAUUUACAGUGGUAUAUACUGAUAUAUAUAUAUACACAGUAUCUCACAAAAGUGAGUACACCCCUCACAUUUCGGCAAUCAUUUUAGUAUAUCUUUUCAAGGGAAAAUUCUAUAGAAAUGAAACUUGGAUAUAUUUUAGAGUAGUUAAUGUGCAACUUGUAUAGCAGUACAGAUUUACUGUCCUCCGAAAAUAACUCAACAUACAGCCAUUAUUGUCAAAAAAGCUGGCAACAAAAGCGAGGACACCCUACAUGAAAACAGCUAUACGUCGUUUAACCAUGCAAAGCCAAAUGUCCUAUUUAUCAUGUUCAUGUUUUUGUCUGCUUGACAGGACCAUACAAAUUUGUGUAUCUUGUUUUAGAGCAGGUAAAAUUUGGUGCUUUGAGUACAAUUCUCUCAUACUGACCACUGGAUGUUCAACAUGACACCUCGUAGCAAAUAACUCUCUGAGGAUUUGAGAAUUAGAAUAGUUGCUCUCCACAAAGAUGGCCGAGGCUAUAAGAAGUUCGGUAACACCCUGAAACUGAGUUACAGUACAGUGGCCAGGGUCAUACAGAGGUUUUCCAAGACGGGUUUCAUUCAGAACAGGCCUCGCAAGGGUCGAUCGAAGAAGUUGAGUCCUUGUGCUGUGGGUCAGGUGCAGAAGCUGUCUUCAAAAAACAGAUGCAUGAGUGCUGCCAGCAUUGCUUUAGAGGUUGCAGAAGUGGAAGGUCAGCUUGUAAGUGCUCAGACCAUACUCCGCACACUGCAACAAGUCGGUUUGCGUGGCCGUCGUCCCAGAAGGAAGCCUCUUCUGAUGCUGGCUCACAAAAAAGCCUGCAAACAGUUUGCUGAAGACAACUUGGCCAAGAGCAUGAAUUACUGGAACCAUGUCCUGUGGUCUGAUGAGUCUAAGAUAAACUUGUUUGGCUCAGAUGGUGUCCAGCAUGUGUGGUGACGCCCGGUGAGGAGUACCAAGAAAAUUGUGUCUUGCCUACAUUCAAGUAUGGUGGCGGUAGCUUCAUGGUCUGGGGCUGCAUGAGUGCUGCUGGUACUGAGCUGCGGGUCAUUGAGGGAAACAUGGAUUCCAACAUGUACUGAGCCAAUCUGAAGCAGAAGAUGAUGCCCUCCCUUCAGAAACUGGGCCGAACGGCAGUUUUCCAACAUAAUAACGACCCCAAACACACCGCUACCACCACCAUCACACCACUU